AUGGACUCUCUUGAGGAGCUGGAGGAGUCCCGAACCUGUGUGGAGAAGGUGGCAGAAUUUAUGCCAGUACCCUUCUCUUCUUAUAGAGCAGCUCAUUGCCCCAUUCACAGGAUCCACCGCACCAGCACUGCCAUGCUGGAGCCUACAGAGGGAGGCCAGCCAAAUCAGCAUCAAGACAACAGGGUAAUCUAUGGAAAGUUGAAGUUGGGCCCUCCUCCUUACACCUCUGUUCUGAGUAGUCAGGGAGUCUGGAUAGCGAG